AAUUCAAUCAGUUUCGUUAGUCGUCGGGUUAGUUCAACCGGUACAUACUAUUUUAUAAUGUCACAACGACAAUUAUUUUAAGUAUAAAAUCAAGAACAUCAAGAGAGAGAGAGAUUCGUAUUUAUUUCUGUAAAAAAGAAGUUCCAUCCAUAAUCAUGGAUAAACGAAAAAUCGUGGGUGAUGCAGAAUUUAGCGACAUUGAAGGAUUGGAUCUGGAAACGAUUGUAGAGAAAUUGUGUAAUCGAAACUGUCAUCAAGGACUCAUCAUUUUUAUGACAUCCAGCGCCUACUAUUCGACCACAAAUGAUUUAAUUGUCGACUUACUCGAAACUGCGAUUUCGAUUCGACAGUGUCCGGUCUGUUGCGACCUGCUCAUUAACUACUCAAACGGUGUUUCCGAAGAGGAGGAAGAACGGUUCUUUGAAGAAGAAGAUGAUGAAAUGGUCGGUCAGCUGCUGGAAUGUUACUUGCCAAGACUAUUGGCACUUGUGAUACCGAGGAAUUGGACCCUCUUCGAGGCGGAACAGGUUAUAUUGCUGGCCAUUCGCCUUGAUCAAAUUGAAGUGGUGCGGUUGGUGCUACAAAAAUAUCCCAAUCUGAUCAGUAGUAACACCGUGUACGGUCAAUCCAUUUUGGUUCAUGCAAUUAUUUGUAAGAGUUUCGACAUUGCACGCCUUUGCUUAGACUUCCACAUCGAUUAUGAUGAUGCAGCGUUACCAACGGCGUGUUUAACUAAAAAUUGUCCGUUGAAUAUCGUCGAUACACUUUUAGCCAUGGCCGAAAAGAAGAAGGAGCUCAAACUGUCAGCCCUUCAAAAUUCUUUAUUUAAUGCAGCCAAGCGGCGACGUCUCGACAUUGUUAAGCACUUGCUUGCUAAAGAUACGGCUCUGAUAAGGAGACCUUUAGACGCGAAAAAUUGGAGCUUAAUUCACUGUAUAUUGGCACAUCCCGAGCAGCGAGACGAAAUGCUCGAAUAUAUUUUCACGGAAUUUGCGACGAACGAAAUGGAUUUUCUACUCCAAACGACUGACGGCGACACCAUCCUACACUUUGCCGUGAUGCACAAAACAGACUUUCGUUGGAUUUCUAAAUUGUUGAAUUGUUGCACCGAACUAGCUGACCGCCCAAACGUUGCGCAGGUAACACCGUUAAUGCUUGCAACACAGUUCAAUGACUUUUUUACGGUCGAAUUGCUCAUUAACCAAUACAAUGUCAAUACGCACGCCCAAGAUGCGGAAGGAAAGACGGCCUUAGAGUAUGCCGUCCGGAACGACAGUAUAGAGAUCGCAAAAUGGUUGCUGGAAUAUGGAGCCGCCGAUGUGUUACUGACCAAUAAGAACGGGAACAAUAUUUUCAAGGAAUUGAUCAAAUCGUUGCGUUACGGUAUCAAUGACGACGAUGGAAAGAUCGAAAUUCUGUGCGAUCUGAUGCGGUACACUUAUCCGCCCGUUCCGGCAAACAUGAAGGAAAAUUUUCCAGAAAUUUUCUUACUCUUUUUCAAAACGAUCGAAUGUUUGCCCAGAUUCGAGGUGCUACAGGCAUGGAUCCACACGUGUUAUCUGAACGAAACGAACUGCUUUCGGGACAUCAUCGAAGAGUUUAUGGCGGAGUUUCAGAUAGAGGAAUACGUCGAACGGAACAUCAUUGUGCUGUGUCUGCAUGAAUACGUGAAGGAUGUAACAGUGGAAAUUUCGGUUCAAAUCAAAUUGUCGGAGGAAUUAGGUCGCUGUAUCGAGGAUGCAAUCUAUUACAAUCGUGACAUGCGGUUAAUCAUAAAAGUUGCCGAAAUAUUGAAGAGAAAUAACGUCAUUAACUCCGGCAUUUCGAUGAGACAGAACCUCUUUUUCCCAUAUCCCCGACCAGACAUACCGAAAGAUGAACUGAAGUCCCGUUUGAAAACGUUUUAUCAAGCCUUUAGUGGUCUGGGCUUGAUUCACAUCGAUAAGACUGUGAAAUAUUGCAUCAGUGAGAUAUUGUUCAAUUCACAGCAAUCGUUCGAAAACAAAAUCUUCCAGAUCGAAGGCGGUAUUCUGCAGAGCCAAAUGGAGCUGAUGACAGAUGAGCCGGCACCAAUAUCAACAAAUUCGGACAUUGAACUGGCGAGGAACUGGAUGACGAAAGAGGACGUUCUGAAUAGCAGGGAGUACAAAUUGGUCAAGAAAUAUUUGAGUCCGAAAUACAUAAAUUAUCUGACGGAAUCGAAGGAGAUGCUGCCGUUAGAAUGUUUAUGCAGAAGUGCUUUCCGAAGCGGACUCUUCGAAAAUGUGUGCAACAAAGCGAAAAGUGAAGACAUGUUGGAGGCGAAAGACAAUUUUUGUAGAAUUAUGCAAGAGUUGAAAAUUCCAAUUUUUCUGCGAAAUUUUUUGAAUUAUCAAUAUUAGUAUUGGGCGAGAAACGGU